AUGGACUCCAGCAUUGAAUAUCAACCACCAACACCAAACAUGUUCUGCAAAUUAGAAGAAAAUCUAAAAAAACAAAACGACCUAACCACCAAGUCGUUGGGACGAAGAGGAAACAUUAAAAGACCAAUGAACGCUUUCAUGAUUUGGUCGAAAAUGUACAGAAAAAAACUCUUGAACAAAUUUCCGAAGAAACACGUCCAGGAAGUAAGCAAAAUGUUAUCGGCAAAGUGGAAAUCGCUUCCACCGUCCGAAAAGAAGAUUUACAUCGAUGAAGCUGAGAGACUCAAGCAGCUUCAUAUGGAGACAUAUCCUGAUUACAAGUUUUGCCCGAAGAGGAAGAACAAGGUGAGUAAUCCUACAUUGUUAAAAGAAGGAUCAGCCGAGAAGAUAAAGGAGGACCAUCAAAAUAAGCUACCGAUACACCCUGGAUAUGUGCAGCCUCACAUACAGAAUAUGGAGACAAACGUUCCUUAUCCGAAUGGCAAUACAUUGUUGGUGUUAGAAGAACAAUCAGCCACGAAGAUCAAAAUGGACCAUCAAAAUAAGCUACCGAUACAUCCUGGAUAUGUGCAGCCUCACAUACAGAAUAUGGAGACGAACGUUCCUUAUCCGAAUGGCAAUACAUUGUUGGUGUUAGAAGAACAAUCAGCCACGAAGAUCAAAAUGGACCAUCAAAAUAAGUUACCGGUAUAUCCUGGAUAUGUGCAGCCUCAUAAUAUGGAGACGAACCCUUCUUAUCUGAAUGGUAAUGUUCACAACCAGGCUUACUAUAGCAGUUUGAGUUGGGUGUUCAGUUGCUAUCAGACUUUGCAGGCUAAGUUUCCCACAUGUCCUUCAGCUAUGGUUUGGAAUAUGGCUCUCAGUAUGUCGCAAGGACAUUUGCCUUGA